ACCCCAGCAAGAACUUUUCCGAGUAAAUCAAAAUGGAUACGGUUUAUGGCACGAAAAAAUAUUUCCAAAGUUUAUCGGGCGCCAGUGAUAUCUAUCGCAGUCCAGCAUGUCGAGCAGUGUCCAAUGACUACACAUACCAAAAUACUCUAGGAAGGCGUUCCUCAUUGGGCGCCUACUAUCACAUGAACAAUCAACCAUCGUACAGUACUGACAACCUUAACACUCAGUAUGGCUACAACAGUUCAUGGGGCAUAUGGAGAGAUGGUCGAAAUUUGGCGCCCUCAACAUUUUCCGCCAAACCACAUUUGCACUAUCAGAAAACCAGAUCGUUUUCGAUAAUUCUAACCACCGCUGCAUUCAUUGUGCUACUGGCCGUGAUAUCCAUUGCCGGAUUGGCAUUUUAUUUUAGCUCCAUUAAAGGCAACAUGGAGGACCCUGUUUUGGGAUUUGAAGGUACCUUCCGCAUUGCCAAGGGUGAUAUGUUUUCUACAGGUCUUAAAUAUAAUCACACAUCUUCGUAUAAGCAAAAAAUAGAAUUUUAUAAACGUUUUGUGGAUAGAGCGUUAAUGGAUCAGGGUCUGCAACCCAUCCGGACGGAUGUUUGGGGCUUUGGAGAGGGACCUUUAAUAAAAGUCAAUUUCCGAGCAUUCUUUGAUGUUAGGAAAUUGCCACAGAAUAUACACAACGUGGAGGAAUACAUUAAGGAGGCUAUCUUUUUGGAGACCACCACAGCCAAAUCAUUGUACAAAUCAUUACGCAUUGACUCGGAUUCAGUAGAAGUGAAACGUAUACUGGAUGAACAGGUGGUUAAAUCGGCUUCAUUAUUUAAGGAUGCGCACACUGUCCCCACCAGCCAAACACAAUUGGAGAAACGUUUAAUGAAGAAAACUGGCAGCCCACCAACUCUCAUUAAUAAACCCUCUGGCAAAAGUCGUGUGACACCCAAACCCCAUUCACCUGAUGAUGAACCCGAUGUUGAUGUUGAAAAUGCCCCGGUUAUUCAAGGCUCAUUCGAAGGAUCCUUUGAAAUAACCAAAACGGAUGCGGAUAUAUCGCAACGCAAGAAAACAACCCCCACUAGAGCCUAUGGACACAGCAGCAGCAGCUUGGCACCCAAGACUGUGACCCCGUAUGCCCUAAGAGUAAAACCCAAGAAGCCUGGAAUUGAAAAGCUCACCACAAUUCUGCCACAAUCACUACCAACUACCAGUAGAAUGACGACCACAAGUAGUACCAGCACAACCACUACAACAACAUCGACAACGACGACGACAACAACUGCUGCUCCCACUACGACUACAACAAAGAGAACUACAACAACAACGACCACCACAACACCAAAACCAACUACGACUACGCCACAACCAACAACCAGCACAACUCCCUCUACUACAACAACAUCAACUACAACAACACCAAAGCCAACCACAACCCGAAUUCCAACAUCCUCCGUCCCAUUUAAUCACUUCACUUAUCCCUCAAUAGUAGCAUCAUCUAACCCACCUCAAAUGCUACCAAAAUUAGAUCAAAACCUCUUCACUUCGGUACCAGUUUUGGAUACUCAACCCUGGAGACCAAUACAUCGUGAAGUACCCGAAUUUUUACCAGGCCCACCGCCAUCAUUCCCCACCAAGACACUGCCAACCGUUUUGCAAUCGACACCACUGCCGCCCAUUGCCAUCAAUGAGGAACCACCACGUCGACGAAUUGAUGAAAUUGAAUUGCCGUUCCUUCCCGAAGAACCCAGACCACCAAAGCCAGCCAUGGAUUCCUAUACGCCCAAUUUCUUUGGAUCCGCCUACAGAAAACCGGAAUUGACAAGUGAAACUAAACCUCCCCACGACAUGAUGUUCUACCACAGCUUUGGCAGUCCUGUUUUCAUGCCAGCAUCGGAAACUAUUGAACGUUUAGGAGUUGGAGCAUCUGUGCAACCACAUCCUCUACCAGUUCCUCUCAUUGAUGAUGUGGUAAUUCCACCAUUCAAACCCCUAACACCUGGCUUGGCAACACAAAACAAAUUGCCCUUUGACAUUCCCAGUGCUAAUGACAAAUUCGAACAUUUGGGCGAUGGAAUAUUGGCCAAGAAACCGGAAAAUGCGACUCAAAAGAUAAGUGAAAAAAUCGAUAUGCCCACAAUAACAACUGCAAGACCUACUACUGCUACCGCAAUCACUGUCCCCGCAAUGACGAAAGAAAAUAUUGAACCCACUGUAAAGCCCAUACAAGAUGAAAUCGAUAGCUCCUCUGUAACAUCCGAACUGGCCGAUAAAAUUGGGGAAUUCUUUAUGGAUUGGUUAGACUUGCCCAAGGAUGAGGUAAAACCAAAACAAGAACAGCCACUGGAAUCUCGCAUUGAACCAGAAGAAGAUUCAUUCACCGCUGCAAGUAAAGAGAGUGAGCAUGAUAUCGAAUCCACAGAAGUUUCCAGCACAACAAAUAGAAUAUCUGAAGAGGAUUCGUCAACCUCGACAUCAACAUCGCCUGGCAAACCGAACUUUUUAAAUCUUAAAGAAUUGAUUUUAAAGCGCAAUCAAUUGGCUAAUCAACGGAAAAGUACAGAUUCCACAACACCCGCCAUCACUGCCACUACUACAACGGUGAAAUCAACUACCACAACAACAACUACUACUACAACCUUAGCUCCCACCAUUACCACUACCACACCGAAGGCCUCAACGGUUACGACCAAGCGUAUUAAAUAUCGUCCAAGCAAUAGCAAACCACCUACCAUGCUGGAUGAUUCCAAUCUCUUCCCCUCCCACUCCAAAUGGGAAUUUGUCAACAGUUCAGCUGCCAAUCAUUUCGGUCAUACUGGUAAUAUGCGCAAGGUAUUCAAUACCACCCUGCAAGCGUGGGUAUCCGAAGAUGUAGAGAAGACAGAGAAAACCGAAUCAGAGACCUUGGAUGACAUCAAGACCAAAAUCAAUAAUGCCACCAAUAUUCAGGACAUUUCAUUCAUAUUCGAUACCUUGGCAUCUAAACUGGGAAUAACUACAAGUCUGCCGACUAAGGAGCCACCAUUUUCGCAAAACAAAUUGAAACAAUCGCAGAAAAAUGAAACUACAAAGAGACCCACAACAACAACAGCCCUACCCGCUUUAACUUCUGAAGAAGAUGAUCUGUUGGCGUUGGAGAUGAGAAGAGAACCUUUCAUAAAACCCAUGUCCAGCUUUAUUGACGACACUUCGGCUGAAGGUGUGGGAGCUGCCAUUCCCGUAGUUGGCGAAGCUGAAGUUGAAGUGAUAGAUCCAACUAAAUAUGAAGAAAUGCUAAAAUCUUCACAUUUUGCUGAUGCCACGACGACCGAGACUACACCUAAACUUGUGACACUGCUGCCAGUAAGGUCUAAUUCGGGAAUCCGCACCUAUAGACCUUUUGUGGAAACGGGAAGAAGUUCUUCCUCGUCAUCCAUUGAGUCGACAUCAGCAACAAAUACCAAUCCCACAACAGCGUCAAAAAAGCUACCCACCUCUAGACCCAAUAUUACACGUCGAAAAAAUGUCAAUCAGAGUCGAAGAUUUCCACCUGCAGAAGCGGUUAUACGAGGGGGUCUAAAGGUUACCGUUAAAUAA